GCCGUGCGUAAGUGAUGGCCAACUCUAGCUGGAUGUAACCAUUGAGAAUCGAGCAUUAUGGGCGACUUGAGCUGGAAAGAUUUUUUGAGCCAGGCCAAGCAGUUCCUCGAAAUUUCGCAGAAGUUGGGUGAUAAUUGGAUAUUGGAACAAAAGGACUCGAAUGAACCAAACACCUAUCUCAAAUGUAGUCAGAAGAUUAAAUGCCGAGGUGGCAAGGACAACUCGGCUGAGUUGGUUAGUGUGGAGUACCAUGUGGUCUUCAGUGUUUCCUAUCAAGUACCAAUGUUGUUCUUCCAGGCACACAGAUCAGAUGGAAGUCUUUUGGAUGUGGAGGCCACUUGGCGAAUGUUCAUGCCCGAAUCGAAGGCCAGCGAUCUCCACCAGAUACUCACCCAGAUGGAUCACCCGGUGCUUUUCAGACCCUUUAUGGCAUUGCAUCCAUGCCGCACCGCCGAAGUGCUAAAGCAGUUCGGAAAGCCCAGCUGCAACCAGGUGCUUACCUUCAUCAGUCUGUACGGACCCCACGUGCAGUUGCACCUGCAAAAUGCGUACGGCUUAAGCCAAGAGUAUACGUAAUUUGAAUUUAUUGGUGGUUUUUUUAAACACUGGUUAUAGGAGUAUACAUGUAUGGAUAAUAUGGCUUAUGCCCUUUUACAGUUUUACAUUUCGUUCCCUAUUUUAGAGUGGUUACACCUUAACUGGGGACCCCAUCGCCACCAGUUCUUGGCACAAGUGAAGAUCCAUGGGGCACAGGGUCGUACCAUGUGACAUGACACCUGAAGCAGCACAUCACAUGGAUAAUUUAAGUUAAAAAUGAAAAACUAAUGAAGUUACGAAAGGAACCCAGCUUUGUACACAGGUUAUAACUCCGCUUAGUGAAUACAUUCAACUACUUAGGCAUUAUUUAUCGCUUAACGUAGUGUAUAGUUUUCAAGUUCCACUUGCUAUUUUCGUUAUUUUUUCUCGGCUAAUAUCAACUAGUAGCUACUUUUCGAUUACUUCGAUUUAACAUUAGACAGGUAUACGCUUACAUCUAGUUGUACUGUACACAAGCGUGGCCUUGCUGAGCCGCUUUGCUUUGCAUUUUACUAAUAUUAAGUGGUUCAUUUAUAAUUAAUGUUAACUGGCUACUGUGUGGCAUUAGCGGCGUCCCGGCGCUGGCACCAAAACCCCGUGUUCCAUGCGGAACCGAGGACUCGUGGGCGCGGGGAAUCGCAUUGAAAAUGUUUAUUUGCAAAAUUAAAUCGACUUUUAUGUAUAUUACGUUGGUUUGCAAUAGUAGUUCGACAGUAUACAAGAGUCCACGUACAUUAAGGAUUAAUCGUGUGCAGUGCGGAUAUCCUGCUGAGGAAGUCUAAGGUCGGUUAGGAUGGCACGUACGAGGAGAACUCAAUUUGGACUCGGAAAAUGGCUAGGAUAUCUCGACGCGCUCCAUAACAUUAGGUGUGAAGUGUUUGUAAAAACUAUGGUUAGUCUUCGAAGUAAGCUUUAAUAUUCCGAACUACUUAGGGGGAGU